UGUCAACUUAGAAAACUACGAGUCAAAAUAAAUACACGUGUGGGCCUGCGUUACGAAUAAUGAGUAAAUGUUAAAAAAGUGAAUUAAAAAUGGGCAAAAGAAAAUACGAAGAUAAUUCAACUAGCGACAAUAAGAAAACAAAGACUGAAAAUAAUUCAGAAAAUAUAAAUGACACUGAAAAUGAUGUUGAGCAACCUCAAAAGGAACAAAAUGUUAAGAGCCAGAAUAGAAAUAUUAGUAAAAAUGCAUUAUUUGAUAUAAAGCAUUUCCGUAAAGAGUUAACAGCAAAGCAGGGCCAGACCAUGGCAUUAACUCAGUUCCUGCAAGUCUGCCUCAAUCCAGACAGUGAUGCAGACUAUAUGCUCGAAUAUUUAAAAGUCGGUGGUAACUCCCAUGAGCUUCUCCGACAGAUAUCUCAAGACAACAAGAAAAAUCUGUCACUAGCGACACCUGUAUUUCAUCUGUUCCACCUGAACAUACUUAAGGUCCAGUCCUCUCUUCCCCACAUGACAUCCAUCACAGAGGAAGCUUGCAGAUACUUCUUAAAUACAUUUACACCAACAGUGGAAAUUAUGAUCAGUGAAAGUUCAGGUCCACGGCAUAGAAAAAUUAUCCUCAAUCUUUUGACUUCCAUGGUGACGUUGAGCUCCGACUUAGGUGUCGAAAUAUUAAACCAAAUACCACUGACUCCAAAGAAUUUACAAUAUAUUCUAGAAAAGCCAAAUUAUAAAGAGAAGGAUAAUGUCAGAACAUGUUUUGUGCGUUUCAUGACAUCUUUUCUUGUCGAAGCUCAUCUGCCAUUGAUAAAAGCUUUAUUGGAAAAACCAGGAUUGCUAUCUUUGGUGAUCCCCGGACUAGUUCAAGAUGAAGCAGAUGCCGUCUUAAUGUUUUUGAACAUCCUGAAGAACAAUGUGAUUGAUAAUACUUUAAUAUCAAAAACUUUAAAAUUGAAAACAUUCAGUCACCAAGUGUUGAUCAAUAUGUUUAAAGUCUACAUGUGGAAGGGACCUCCCGAUUCAGAUUCAGACAAAAGUGACAUUAAAGAAGAAAUAAUGAGGCUGUUGUCUGACAUUAUACUUACAUUAUUUACAUCUCACAAACUUGGACUUUAUUUUAUGGACCCACUGCUCGGUGUCAGUGAUGCUAAUAAAAAUCAAAACUUGUACAAAGCUCUGCUGCUGUUAAAACGGCCUUGGGAGAAUAAUGACCAGAGCCAAGUGGUCCUGGAAAUUAUUUACCGAUGUCCGGAUCUACACAGAGCUAUGGUAAAUGUGAUCGAACAAAGUUUCCAACCCCAACAUUCGCCCAUGUGGGGAAAGGCAGUGAAUUUUGUUAUAUCUCUUCUUGAUAAAUUAAACCCUGAUAAAAUGGCGACUCGCUUACAUAACCUGAGUCCCAUCCAAACAGCAAACUUCAUAAGGUUCAUCACCCUGCCCGUGCCAUUACUUAAAUUAAUGAAUGCUGCAAUCGGAACAGAUCUCACCAUAUCCACACAUUGUAUUAAAGUCAUAGUGAAAAUGUUACAAUCACUCAGGAGAUUUAUGCACAUACUGGAAUUAGAAGAUUCAAAUGAAAGAAUAUCAGAACUGAAGAAUAAGUUGGAGAAUUUUCUUCCUAAACAUAUGCCAUCGUCUAACAUUAUUGUGUCACUCAUAAAGAAAGUAUUAGAGGGUUCUGCAACUCCUGAUAAUGCUGAUGCUCAGGAUUACAGGCUGCCGAAGCCGGAGGCGUCAGAUGCUCUAUUAACAUUCAUUGACACCCUGCUAUUGUACAACCACAUUUACCCAGCUUCCUUUGAGUCUCUGGAAGGUAACAUUGAUAUGAAGCGUCUGCUAGACUUUUCCAUGACACUAACUGAAGGCAAUAUAUCUUUGUUAAAGUUCAAGGUCGUUUCUCUUUGGCUAAUAUUAGACGGCUCAGCUCUGACCAUUAAAAACACAAUGUUCAAACAACUGUUCCUGAUUAUGUUGGAUGUGUUCACGAGCGACGAAAACGAAACGUGGUUGGAAGCUAAAGAAACACUGUAUAUAUUUUUUAAGAAUACAGAAGUUUUUGAGGCCGAUGAAGAUGAAAUAAAUCUCAUGUUGUAUACUCUACGGAACUCGAAAGUAAAUCCGAUAUCAUUGAUAGCAGACAUCAUUGAACACGUUCUGGCCAAUGGCGAGGAAUUGUCUGAAUACGUCAGGAAUCAAGUCGUGAACUUCGAGAUAACAGACGAAUGUAGCGAGGGCAAUCUGGAUAAACUGUUCAAAGACUUGAUGGGCGGGAAGCAGCCCACGGAGAGUGUUUUUCUGGAAAACAAAAUACCUUCGCCUUUCAUCGUAGGCUGUAUGCAGUUUAUUCAAAGCAACAGAGACGCUAAAAAGAAUUUAAAACAAUUUCUCUGUUUGUACGUCGCCAAUUUGCUUCAUUGUAAUAAUUCUCCGGAACUCACCGAGGUCUUGAUCGGUGACUCGAAGUUAGAUAUAAGGAGUUACGUUGCCGACUGGACAGUACGACCCGUAGUUAUACCCGAUAGCACCAGCAAGGAUGAUACGUUGAAGAAAUUAUCAUACUCUAUAAUUGAAGCUACUGAAAUACCGAUAAAUGCUAUCUUUCCAUUCUUAUUGGAGACGGAUGACGAAUACGACUUGAAAGUCCUGGAUGUUCCGUAUAGAAUAGAUACAAGGAAAGCUAUCAAUGGCUCGGAUUUGUUUGUCUGGGCGAAAUACUUGAUGUUCUGUAUUAUACGACUCUCUAAUAUGAAAGAACUUUAUGAAGAACAACAGAAGAAAAUCGACGGCUACUUCCAAGUGAUUAUAAUGACAGGCAAAAAGCAUCUGAUGUUGAACAUGUGCAGGAAUAUAAUCUUGAAUUUGUUCAAGAACGCCCACUCCCUCAAAGUAUUCCAGCCUGUCGAUUUCAACAAAAAUCCAUCGAACACUCUGGCUACGAAGUUCAUGUUACAAAUUCUGGAAUCUAAUAAAGAUGUCAUUAAUUAUCUCAAUCAAAAACAUAACAUCCUAAAGUCGUAUCAACAAAAGACAUUCAACGAACUAGUGAAGGCAUUUGUUAAAGUGAACAAAAGAAAAACUAUUGACAGCGAAGUGACUGUGAGAGUGUUGGAGACGAUAGGAUUGUCUAAGGAAAACGAUUUACAUCUAUUCGAUAAUAUAUUUUCAGCGAAUACUUUCGCUUGCUUCGGAGAAGACAAAGAACCAACUUUGGUUUUGCAACUGUUAAACAUUUUGGUAACGAAGUAUUCGAAAUCCAUAGCACUAGAACUACCUCCGGAUACUUUAACCAAUUGCUUCGUAAUGUACACGAAACUCCUGAACCUUAAAGAUGUGACUCCUAAUUUGGCAGAUCUCGAGGAGUCGCUUAUACAGUUGUUUGAACAUAAACCCCACUAUACUGCGCACGUCACUCAGGAGGAAUUUAGAAUUUUUUUCAAUGCCAAUGCUAUCAGAAAGUCAACCUCGACUCUAGCUGCACUGAUACUUAAACAUCAAAUUAAGAUGUGCGAUGUUUUCGUUGAAGAAUUAAACAGACCAGAAGUACUCAGUCUAAGGGAGAUCACGUUACCUUUAGGUAACGCUAUGAUUGAUCACGAACAGUUUCUCUUACAGAACAAAAACGUUCUGGCCAAAAUAUUCGAAGAGUACAAGACGAAUAUUAAUAAGUUUUUGGAAAAACCGCACAAAGCUGGUCAAGUGUAUGUUAAUUCAUGGAGAUUAAUCAGGAAGCUAAUAACCGAGUGUAUGGAUGUCAAUGAGUGCAGGAAACUGUUCGCCAAAAUUCAUAAAUAUGAGGUCGUCGAACUCAGUCAUCUGAACUUGUUCCAAGUUGCUUUCAUGAAGCUAUGUCUUAAUGGCCUCGGCAAAGAACAUUUGAUGAAUUAUUUGUUAUCAAUGUUACACGUUAUUUCAAUAGCCAUUAGAGAGAAUAAAGAAUCUGCUGUUCUAAAAGAUUUGGUAUUUAAAGUUAAUAACGUAAUCGGAUUAGUUCAGAACAGAGAAGAUCUUGAUAUGGAUAAAAAAGAUGAUUUCAAAAAAGUAACUGAAAGUGCGAUUUGGCAGAAUUUUUGCAAAUCUGUUCUUAAAGAUUCCUUGAAGGUGAAGACCACAGAUGACGCAAAUGUGUCCGGCCCACAGCUUUUAUCUCUAUUGUCAUAUUUAAUAAAGCUCGUCUAUUCAGAAAACCACGAGGACAUUGUGACCAUUUUCGACAUGGUCACAAGUCACUCGGAAUUUUUAAAUGUAAUGCUAAGUCUUCACAGUCCAGAAAUUAAAGCGCGGCUGUUGGAGUUCUUAUUCGUUCUCAUAACAACAAACAAGUCGGUAAUGAAGACACAACAGAUACCGGUUUAUCUCAGCGCAUAUCGGGCCACUAGAAGCCAUUGUGAUCGUAUGAUUCUAUCUAUUCUACAGUUCUAUGAGAGCAAUGAACUGCCAGUCAAUGAAUAUAAACCCUACAUUUGGGGGGAAUCAGCGGCUAAUCAUUACGCAGUACGGAAGAAACGAACCGCCUCGCUGUGGGGUCAUCCCUCACCUAACCAGGUGAUGAAUUUGUUCGAGAAAGAUUUGAUUGAAAACACAAUAAAACACUUUCCUGUCAAUCAAACCCUCGAUUACCAUUAUGAAAUACCUAAUAUCAACUCCAGUAGUCGCACACUAAAAGAAUUCUUUGCCAGAAUUGGUAAAGACGUUAAGGCGAAGAAUGAGGACACCGAAUUUGCGAUAUCCAUGUUAUUAAAAAAAUAUGAAAAUAAGCAAAUAGUGGAAAUGGUAAAAGAAUUAGAUUUGAACUCUGUAUCUCAUAUCGAAGAAGAUCAGACUAUAUACGACCCAGCAUUUUUGUUUCCCGUAUUGAGUCACAUCCUGGCGCCGGGCUCAGUCGCUUCUUGUUUCAAGAUGUUGAGGACCGGUCUUUUAUCCAUUCCUGUCAUGGGUUUGAGCUCCUCUUGUCCUCUGAUGCGGGCCGCUGCUUACCACGUGCUUCACAGGUUCUGUUUGCUAUUGGAGACAGAAACGAGACACAAAAACGAUAAACUUCUACUGAAAGACUUCAUUGCCACAUUGCGUCAGAGUUUAUCCACCGCAAUAAACACGAAGGCCAUCGAGGGCCAAUUGAGGGACAUCAAGAAUCCCAAACUACCCGCCAUAGGUGCUCUGUACCUCGCGAGGGCUCUCAUGGUGUCCACCAUGCCCACCGACCCGUUGUAUAAGCCGGUAAAUAACUUCCUCAUCGCCAAACAGCUGGUCGAUCUCAAUGUCGUUCCGGAUUUCCUGAGUCUCUUCCAUGACAGUGACCUGGAAGCGAAUGACAGACGGCUCUGGAUUCUCGACAUAAUAAAAGACGGAACGAAAACAAUCAGCGACGUUACGGUUGUUUUUAAGACGAUGUGCCUCAAAAUGAUCAUGGACUUUUACGGCACGGUGUUGAGUGAUAGGAAAACUAAAAUUAAAAUUAUCAACAGUCUCAGUGCCAUCGUAGCCGUCCCUUGGGCGUUUGAGAUUUUGACCGAGGGUUACAGUCUGAUGCCCUGGUUACAUCACGUCGUCAGAAACACAGACGAUAGGAGCAUUAUGAUAGCAAUUUUCGAUCUGAUAAAAAAUCUACUUCACAGCAUGGAAAUCCUAUUGCUGCUGAAACAUGUUAAAUUCAAUCCGAAUAUGGAUAUUACUAAUUUUAGAGUGAAAUCUGAGAUCGAAUUUGAAAUAUUAGGAUUAAUUUAUAAUUUACUGCCCAAGACAAAUCUCUUGGAGUGUGAAGAUCUGAUCGACUACGUGAGCCUUUAUAACGUUAUGACGAAAAGGUCGGUCAAGUUUUUGGGGACGAAGCAAAUCGCAAAUGUAUUGAUAAAGUGCACGUCUCAUGUGAAAAAUGAUGAAAGAGUGAACAUUCUAAAGCGGGCGCUCGAUUCAAAUGAUCCCGUCAUAUUACAUGGCAAGAGUCUGACAACGAAAAAUAUUUCUUGGGAGGACAGAUUGAUUAGUGGACUUCGGGACUUAGUGCACACUUAUGUUUCGUAAACAGGAAGUGUCACAUCUAGAGUAUUUUAUAAUAAGAUUAAAUAAAAAAAUAUUGUAUAUUACAAAA